AUGGCGGAAAGGCAAGCAUCGAGUCGGCAACAACAGCCCCCCGGCGUGGCCCGAACACGACACGCCGUGCCUUCAACCAGCGUCCGGCGCAACCUCUUCCAGGGCCAGCUGACUCGCCGUCCGACGCUGCAGAACGGUACCAGCUCUUCGAGUUCUGGCGACAGUCGGCUGCAUCUGGAAGACGAUGCCCAGGGGUCUGAUAUCGUGGUCCGCGAUCAGAACGGCGAUGUCGAGCUAGACCUGCCCCCGACGCCUCCUAUCGACGACAUGGAUGAGGUUGUACUGGAUUCGAGGCAGCAGAAUGAAAAGGAGCGACAACGGCUAGCAGACGUUGUGAGGCAUCAUCAGAUCAAUCAGAAUAGUAUUCCGGUACAGCCAGAGGAAAUAUUGGAGGCUGUAAGAGCAAGCUUGAGAGCCAAGGUAGCUGCAUUGUCCGAGGAUAAUUGGAUGUUUGAAAACGAGGAUAUACUACCACGACGCCAAUGA